UACAGCAGAACCUUCUUUCGCCAGCGAUUCUUUUUUGAUGUUGGGGCCAAAAUCCUACUUUAAAUUAUACGAGCACCUACGUACGGUUGUGGGUUUUCCAAAUCUACGAGUUUUAUUCCAAAUUAUCAGCAUUUGUUACCCGAUUUCGUACAGUUUAGUUCCCAUUCAGUCAGAUUUGGCACAUGUGGAGGUUCCAUCGCGCACAGCUUGUCUUGUUCUGCAUUGGGAUUUUUUUUUCCUUGUCAAAGUUGGGAGGAUUUGAGUUGAAUUUUGUGAGAUUUGAUAGCUUCAGGACUUGAAUGAUUUUUUCUCUGCACCCCCCGGCUUUGCAUUUGAAAAUCAAAUGCAUUUUGUUGAAAUCUGAAGAAAUUUUUCCUUCAGGGUUUGUUUUUCCUUUGCUGUCCAAUGCAAAGGAGUGAGAGCGAAAAAUUAUAAGAUCGGCUUGGUGCGCUCAGAGAACAGUUUCUUGCUCUAAACUGCAAUUUUUCCCCGUCUUUAAAGGGUGGCAUUAAGACACAGCAUUGGCGCCCCAACGCCGCGUUUAUCGCCACCUGGGUGGCCAGAUGCCACAGAGCAGUGCCGCAGCUCUGUAUGAUCACUCCGCUUCCCUGCAGAGUGCAGGGAAUUCGAGUGAUGGGAGCAGUGAUCCUGUCAUGGCUCGCUGGCUCCAGUCUGCUGGCUUACAGCAUCUGGCUUCCCCUGUGGCAGCAUCCACUGCUGGUAAUCAUAGCUCCUUUCCUGGGUUCUUCUCACAGGGGUAUGGCGGGCAAACAAUGGAUGAGAAGCAGAAACUCUAUAGGAUGCUAAAAAACAUGAAUUUAGGUGGCGAUCCUGGAUCCGAACCGGCCACUCCUAUGCCUCAGAAUUCCACGGGACUGUCAGCAAUGGAUGGAUUCCUUACACCCGAGUUAAGGGGAGAGUUUGGAGCAGGGCUCUUGGAUCUGCAUGCUAUGGAUGAUUCUGAGCUGUUUAAUGAGCAUGCAGGUUCUGAACCAUUUGAAGCAUCACCAUUUGUUCCUAUGGUUGAGAAGGGAUAUGAAAAUGAUUUUGAUAUGGGAGUUACUGGUAAGCAACAAAAGGCACAAAUGGAGACGCUGUUUACAUCCUCUUCUAUGGUUGAAAGAGAAAAUGGUGGAAAGGAUGGCAAUCUGGCGAAGAUUAAAGUUGUGGUUCGGAAGAGGCCUCUGAACAAAAAGGAGAUAGCUAAGAAGGAAGAAGAUAUUGUCACUGUUAACGAUACUUCAUGUUUGUCUGUUCAUGAGCCCAAAUUAAAGGUGGAUUUGACAGCAUAUGUGGAAAAACAUGACUUCGUGUUUGAUGCUAUUUUAGAUGAUCAUGUCACAAAUGAUGAAGUUUAUCGAGUUACUGUGGAGCCCAUUGUUCCUAUUAUUUUUCAGCGUACAAAAGCUACCUGCUUUGCAUAUGGUCAAACAGGCAACGGAAAGACUUAUACGAUGCAGCCAUUGCCACUGAGAGCUUCAGGAGAUAUACUUAAGUUGAUGAGCCAACCUUACUACCGAGAUCAAGGAUUUCAAUUGUGGCUUAGCUUUUUUGAGAUUUAUGGAGGCAAAUUAUAUGAUCUUCUUAGUGACAGAAGGAAAUUGUGCAUGAGAGAGGAUGGCAGGCAACAAGUUUGCAUUGUUGGCUUGGAAGAAUUUGAAGUCUCAGAUGUACAAACUGUGAAGGAGCAUAUUGAGAAAGGGAAUGGAUCUCGAAGCACCGGUUCAACUGGAGCUAAUGAAGAGUCAUCAAGGUCUCAUGCCAUCCUGCAACUUGUAAUUAAGAAGCAAGGUAAAAUAACUGGGAAGCUGUCCUUUAUUGACCUUGCUGGAAGUGAGCGUGGAGCUGACACAACUGAUAAUGACCGUCAAACAAGGAUGGAGGGAGCAGAGAUCAAUAAGAGCCUUUUGGCUCUCAAAGAGUGUAUAAGAGCCCUGGAUAAUGAUCAAAUUCAUAUUCCAUUUCGGGGAAGCAAGCUGACAGAAGUGCUUCGUGAUUCAUUUGUGGGGAAUUCACGGACUGUUAUGAUAUCAUGUAUUUCUCCAAACACGGGCUCCUGUGAACAUACACUUAAUACUUUGAGAUAUGCAGAUAGGGUCAAAGGGCUCUCAAAGAGUAGUAAUUCAAGAAAAGAUCAGAAUGCAAUGAAUGUUGCUGUUCCUUCCAAGGAUUCAGUAUCCACAUCAACAAAUAUGUCACCAACUUUGUAUCAAGGUCAUUCAAGAGAGUUUUCUGAUAAUGGUGGAAUAACUUCUGCAGAAAAUAAUAGAAGACCCGUGGACAGUUUGCCAUAUUAUAAUCAAGUGGAGGACCUUGACAGACAUUCGUCUAAUUUAUCAUCAAAUUUUUUGUUCAGCAACAAUCAAGAAGGUGGAUUUUCAAGCAAUGUUGACAAGGAUAGAGUUUAUAUGAAAGAGGGUGUUGUUGGUUCUGGGGCCACUCGGAAGUCCAUUAAUGUUGGCCAAAAUUCGUUUGAUUUGAAUGAAGAAGAUAAAAUACAGAAGGUUUCUUCGACACGGCAGAAAGUAAGCAAAGAAGAAAAACCAGAUAAGCAGAUGAGUUGGGCCUCUAAGGGAGAUAGCAAGCCUGAUGUUUUUAAUGCAGUAAAAAAGAAUCAACAGCUAUACAAAGAAGAUCAUGCUUCAAAUAAUGCAUCCUUAAGACUCAAGGAGUGCGCACCAACUGAAUAUGAUAGUGAUAUAAAUGCCAUCCUUAAGGAGGAGGAGGAAUUAGUGGCAGCCCACAGGAAGGAAAUUGAGGAGACAAUGGAUAUAGUGCGCGAUGAAAUGCAACUUCUAUCAGAUGUUGAGAUGCCGGGUAGUCACAUAGAUGAAUACGUAUCCAGGUUAAGUCAAGUACUAGCAAUAAAAGCAACUAGUGUGAGGAAUCUGCAGCGGCGACUGGCAAGGUUUCAGAAAAAUUUGAAGGACCAAGACAUAUUAAGCUUGAAAUGAUCUUUUUUUAAGCAUUCAGAAACUAUACAUUUUUGUUAUGUUUUCUUUGUAGGUGGUACAUUUUGCUGAUGGCAAGUCAUAUUACUGUUGUCUUCUUGAGAAUGUCUAGUUUGGUUUGCCAAAUUGCAAAUAUGUAGAGAAUGAUAUUCAUAUCUAUGUUGUACUCUAUAUGGAUAUGUAGACAAAAAUCUGUAACUCAAAAGUAGAUUGUAUAUGAAAUUUUAUUCUGUAAUGCAGUAGAUUGAUGGUUUCGACUUGCCAAAAUCUACUCUUAGUUCUUGCCAAUUUAUAUCAGAAAGCAUGAUGUUAUGGUGAGAGAGAUGGAAGCUCCCUUUGAGUUGUUUGAAAGUUAACUAUUAAGAUAUUUCUAUUCAAUUUAAUUGUUUAUUAUUGGC